AGAUUUCUAAUCAGCUCUGAUACCGCAGAGCCACUGACCGGCCCUUAGAGAUAAGGCUUUCUUCUGCAGGGAGAAAAGGAUUUGAAAAACUACCCGCCGCAAUGGGGGACAGAAGCCCCUUCGAAACGGACAUGCUCACCCUGACCCGUUACGUUAUGGAAAAGGGGCGUCAGGCCAAAGGCACCGGGGAGCUCACACAGCUGCUGAACUCCAUGCUGACGGCCAUCAAAGCCAUCUCCUCGGCCGUGCGCAAGGCUGGCCUGGCCCACCUGUACGGAAUCGCGGGAAGCGUGAACGUGACAGGGGAUGAGGUGAAGAAACUGGACGUGUUAUCCAAUUCCCUGGUGAUCAACAUGCUCCAGUCCUCCUACAGCACCUGCGUCCUGGUCUCGGAAGAGAAUAAAGACGCACUUAUCACCGCCCAGGAGAAGAGGGGGAAAUACGUGGUCUGCUUUGACCCACUGGACGGAUCUUCGAACAUCGACUGCCUGGCCUCCAUUGGAACCAUAUUUGCCAUCUACAGAAAGACCUCAGAGGAUGAGCCUUCUGAAAAGGAUGCCCUGCAGCCUGGCCGCAACAUUGUAGCCGCGGGCUAUGCACUCUAUGGAAGUGCAACACUGGUGGCUCUUUCCACUGGGCAAGGAGUGGACCUCUUCAUGCUUGACCCAGCUCUUGGUGAAUUUGUCCUGGUGGAAAAAGACGUCAAGAUUAAAAACAAAGGAAAGAUUUACAGCCUCAAUGAGGGCUAUGCCAAGUAUUUUGACGCCGCCACUACAGAAUAUGUGCAGAAAAAGAAAUUUCCCGAGGAUGGCAGUGCUCCCUAUGGGGCCAGGUAUGUGGGCUCCAUGGUGGCUGACGUGCACCGCACCCUGGUCUAUGGAGGGAUCUUCCUGUACCCAGCGAACCAGAAAAAUCCGAAGGGCAAGCUCCGGCUCUUGUAUGAAUGCAAUCCUGUGGCCUACAUCAUCGAGCAGGCAGGAGGCAUGGCGACCACAGGCACCCAGCCUGUGCUGGACGUGAAGCCUGAGGCCAUUCACCAACGAGUCCCCCUCAUUCUAGGGUCCCCGGAUGAUGUGCAGGAAUAUCUCACCUGUGUACAGAAAAACCAGGCAGGCAGGUAGUGAGCCUGACCCCUCAAGCCCUCUUCUCCUUGUGUUGUACCUUGUUAAGGACCCUAGAUGAAUGAUAGGUGAGUGAAUGCUGGUGAGGAGAAACAAAAGGCAAAUCCACCAAAUCACAUCCAGAGGAGCAGAAGCCAAGGGCUCACGAUAAGUCUAGAAGCCAGAGGCGAGUCUGUGGUCAGUGUCAAGGGCUAAAAAUAAAACCCACGUGUGAAAAGAACAA